UGUUUACCUCUAGCUCUACUUUAUUUUGUUCAGAGUUGAAAACACAUUAAAUUUGUUGUAAAAGGGUCAAUUUACAAUUGAAAGUAACUAAAUCAGACGCCUGAGUUGCGAAAAAUUUGCCAAUCAUGGAAAUGUGCCGAGCUUGUGGUGAGAGUGGCUCCGCCAGCCCUGAUGAGCGUGACAAGAACGACCAACUCACCGAUAUCUACUACAAGCUGACGGGAAUUCAGCUGGUCGAGAUUGUCGAUCCCGGUCGGCUGCUGUUCUGCAGCGGUUGCAUUGUGGAUCUGAACCAUUUCGGUCGAUUUAGGAAAAAAUGCCUGGAGGUAUAUCAGAAACUGCAGGAUAUGAAAGUAGAAGUUUGGCAAGAGGAUUCACCUGUGCCGGUUGCAGUGAAAGUUGAGCUCAUAGAGGAACCUUCGGCGAUUUCCGGGAAUGCAUCCACAGCGGUUGCUGCUGAAAACAAUGAUGGAGAUAAGCAAAAAGAUGGAAGUUCGGAAGAUGAUGAUGAUGAUGAUGGGGAGGACGAUGAUGAUGAUGAUGAUGGCGAUGAUGAUGAUGAUGAUGGUAUUGGCGUUGGUAGUGGCGAUGAUGAUGGUAGUGAAUACGAAAUCACAGAAAUUGAACCGGAAACCAACAAAAAGACUACAAAGAAAGUCUCAAAAAAGAGAAUCAGAAACCGUGGUGGUCCUCCAAAGCCGAAAGGUAGACCUAGAAUACAUCCAGUGGAUCCGAACAAGAAGCCACCGAUGAAAUUCAUCAACUGUCCUCGAUGUCCUAAGAAGUUUUUCUUCGAGCAUCGUCUGGAGGCUCACCUACGCGUUCAUGACGGUCUGAAGCCGUUUUUGUGUAAGCUCUGUGGAAAGAGCUUCAUCACGUAUCGAAAUAUAAAAACUCAUCACAUUCAAAAGCAUACCGAUACCAAAAUUAGCCUACCGUGUGGCUACCCGGAAUGUGAUGCAGUGUUCGCCACCAAAGAAGGGGUCAAAAGACAUCGAUUGCGCGUUCAUGAUCCGAACUACGAAAUCCCGGAGCCGAUUCCAUUCAUCUGUGACCUCUGCGGAAAAUCCUAUACCACAAACGGGGCUCUUAAGCGACAUAAAUAUACCCACAAUCCCGAGGAGAUGCCAUUCGUUUGCAGUAUCUGUAACAAAAAAUUCCCUACGAGAAACAAAUUGCAUGUCCACACGAAACGCCAUCAAGGAAUCAAAGACUUCUCCUGUCCGCAGUGUGGUUUACAGAAACCAUCUAAAAAUGAAGUGAGACAACACAUCAAGAACGUGCACGAGAAACACAUGCGGACGGAGGUAAUUUCCUGCACCGUCUGCCUCACCGUAUUCAGUUCCAAGACGGCCCUGAAACGGCACAUCGAUGUGGUGCAUAUGAAAAUCAAAAAAUUCUCAUGUUUGAUUUGUGGGUUCAUGUUCAGUCAGCGAGAUCACCUGAACCGACACAUGAAGAGUCACAAAACGCGAGAUAUCUGCAGUUUGCCCAUCGCCAGCCAUCUCCAUAUAUCGGAUUAAAAUAUUUAAAUUGCAGCAUCUUCAAUAUCGUUUGCUAUGUAAUGUUCAAAUUGGUAUGCGUAAUAAAGUGAUG